UUUUUUUUUUUCUUAUCAUUAUUAUUAUUAUUCAUUAUAUUCCACUUUUAUGAUUGUGCAUGUUUACUACAAAGUAUUCAUACCGCCUUUAUUCCACCUUUUCUCACCAUACAAAGUCCCCUUUUGAAAUUCUUCAAUUACCACGACAUGCAAGUCAAGCCGAUAUUAAAAAAAAAUAUUAUGCUUUAGCUAAAACUCUUCAUCCUGAUAGUGGAGCUACCAGUGAUAUUACAGCUUUUCAAGAAGUAUCAGAUGCUUAUGAAUUCCUAAAACAACCUGAUAGACGUCAUUUAUAUUUGAAAACAGGUUAUGGAUGGGAUCCUAUUAUACGUUCAACUACUACUACUACUACUACUACUACUACUACUACUACUUAUUCUUCACCACCACCACCGCAGUAUGAAGAUAAUGUUACUUAUAGAGGUGGUGAAUGGUCAUCUCAUCAGAAUACUCGAUAUGCUUCUAAUACUACCAUCUUUGUUAUUUUAUCUGGACUUAUGAUUACUUUUGCUAUCACCAACUUUAUCUAUACUCCUUUUGCCAAUCGAUGGAUAAAAGCCUUGGACAAUCAUCAUGCGAAAACAAGUCGGGAUUUGGAACGUGCUCGUACUGAUGCUAGACGUUAUGGUAAUCAACAUGGUCGUCAACGUGUCAUUCAAGCUUCUACUUUAUCUCAAAUGGAAACCAACCAUAACAGUAGUAAUAGUAAUAGUAAUAAUAAUAAUGGUAGUAGUUAUCAUCACUAGUGUAUUUACAUUCCCCCCUUCUCAAUAAAAAAAAACCAUCACGUUUUUAUUCUAC